CCGAGCCGUUUCACGCGACUCCCCGAGCACUGCCACUCACACGAACCGCGUCCGGCUGGAUCCUCUUAGCUGCUCUGCAACGAUUCCGAUCCAGUUCAGCAGCGUUUAAAGCAUUAGGAAACUCGUUCAGGGCCACUGAAAAGUCAGGAGAGGCUCACAUCUCAUCUCCCACGGAUUCCUACCUCCAGGGUCAGAUAAUGCCCGGAAACGUUGCCACCAAACAAGUCUGAGAGUAUUAUUUUGGAGAAACCGUUAACCCCUACCAAAAUACAAAGCGCCAGAGGAAAGCAGGUGAGACCCGAAGACAAGGAAGCCCUUUGCGUUCGCUGGUGGAGGAAAGUGCGAUCUGGGGACGGGCUGGGGGGCCCCGGUCCUUCUACUUCAGCACCGGAGGGGAUGGACAGCGUCUCCGGACCGGGCUGCAGCCACAGGGACGGACCUGCGCUGCCCUUGCCGCCACUGUCGUCGCCACGGGCAUCUGGGCUCCCUGCUCCUCGCAGCUAAAAGGCGGUGCCUCCUGAUACCCCCUGGUCCCCCCCCCCCCACUUUCCUUGAUAGACGAAAAGUAACCUUUCUCAUCCUCCUGCUAAACUACAAUCCAGGGCUCUGAGGAGUCCUCUGGUUCUGCAGAUUAAACUCCCAGCAACAACUUCAAGAAUAAUUCUCCGUAGGGGGCUGGGAGGAAUGCACCCAGAAGAGUGAGGUUGAAGUUCUUAGAGGCUCUGAAAAAUCAUGGGCUCCGCAGAAGGGGUCGGAAUGCUCAAAGGCCCACACUUCAUGAUAUAAACAGAAUGCUCACCAGAGGGUUGCAACUGUUUUGGAAACAGCUUUGUGAGAGGAGGCUCCAGAUCUAGUCACAUCCCUACGUUAGAGAAACUGAAAGACUUCUAAUUCCUUUACUUGGAUGACUGCUCUCCAGAAUGUUGAGAUUGCCAGAGAAGUGACAUCUGAAAAGGGAAAGUAAUUGCUCUACCUAAAUUCAGACGACAUCCUUUGCGGUGCCGUGGCACAUGGAUUUCAGGACUGCCUGUGAAGAGACAAAGACAGGGAUUUGUUUGCUGCAGGAUGGUAAUCAGGAGCCUUUCAAAGUCCGGCUGCACCUAGCUAAAGAUAUUUUGAUGAUCCAGGAGCAAGAUGUGAUAUGUGUGUCUGGUGAACCUUUCUAUUCUGGUGAAAGAACGGUGACCAUUAGAAGACAAACUGUAGGAGGCUUUGGAUUAAGCAUCAAGGGGGGAGCAGAACAUAAUAUUCCAGUUGUCAUUUCAAAAAUCUCCAAGGAGCAAAGAGCGGAACUUUCAGGUCUGCUCUUUAUCGGGGAUGCAAUUCUGCAGAUAAAUGGAAUUAACGUGAGAAAAUGCAGACAUGAAGAAGUGGUUCAGGUUCUUCGGAACGCUGGCGAAGAAGUGACCCUGACGGUGUCAUUUUUAAAAAGAGCGCCCGCUUUCCUCAAACUCCCACUGAACGAAGACUGCGCAUGUGCUCCAAGUGACCAGAGCAGUGGUACCUCCUCUCCUCUUUGUGACAGUGGGUUGCAUCUCAACUAUCAUCCCAACAAUACAGACACGUUGUCAUGUUCUUCCUGGCCAACAUCUCCAGGCUUGAGAUGGGAAAAACGAUGGUGUGACCUUAGGCUGAUCCCACUGCUUCAUUCACGUUUCUCUCAGUAUGUGCCUGGGACAGACUUGAGUCGGCAAAAUGCUUUUCAAGUCAUUGCUGUGGACGGGGUCUGCAGUGGGAUUAUUCAGUGCCUCUCUGCUGAAGACUGUAUUGACUGGCUACAAGCAAUAGCAACCAAUAUUUCAAACCUCACAAAGCACAAUAUUAAAAAAAUCAACAGAAACUUUCCCGUAAACCAGCAGAUAGUCUACAUGGGCUGGUGUGAAGCACGGGAACAGGAUCCUCUGCAAGAUCGAGCAUACUCGCCAACAUUUCUAGCCCUGAGGGGAUCCUGUCUUUACAAGUUUCUGGCACCUCCGGUGACAACGUGGGACUGGACCCGAGCAGAGAAAACAUUCUCCGUGUAUGAGAUUAUGUGCAAGAUUCUCAAGGACAGUGACCUGCUGGACCAGCGGAAACACUGCUUCACUGUGCAGUCUGAGUCUGGAGAAGACCUCUACUUCUCCGUGGAGUUGGACUCUGACCUCGCCCAGUGGGAACGAGCCUUCCAAACAGCAACCUUUUUGGAAGUGGAACGGAUACAGUGCAAGACGUAUGCAUGUGUGCUAGAAAGUCAUCUAAUGGGACUCACGAUUGACUUUAGCACAGGAUUUAUCUGCUUUGAUGGUGCAACAAAGGCUGUACUUUGGAGGUAUAAGUUUUCUCAGCUUAAAGGUUCUUCAGAUGAUGGCAAGAGCAAAAUCAAAUUUUUGUUUCAGAAUCCAGAUACUAAGCAGAUUGAAGCAAAGGAGCUGGAAUUUUCAAAUCUGUUCGCUGUUCUCCACUGCAUUCAUUCGUUCUUUGCUGCCAAAGUAGCUUGUUUGGACCCUCUCUUUUUAGGCAAUCAGGCUGCAGCUUCCGCUGCUCCCAGCUCUGCUACAACAAGCAAAGCCAAGUACACAACCUGACACACGGGGCUUCCUUUUGCCAUGUACCAUGACUGUACAAACAGAAUAAACAUCCUCAUCAUUUUAGACGCUGGAGAAACAAUGGUGUCACCAGGUCGACAGUGAAUUCGAUUUGAAAUUUCAGCAGAAAACAAGAAGGUCCUAAGGGAUCUCAAAAGCAUUUCUGUUUUGGAAGGCAUUUGUGAAUAAUCUUAAAAGAACCUAACAGCUCGUUCUCACUCAGUUUAUUUGUACCAGUAUUUCAUCAAAAGUGAAGACAAAAAAAUGAAUGAUUCAAAGUAUGUACAUAAUAUAAAAAAAUUGUAAGCUACCUAUAAAUAAAAAUACCACUUAAAUGGUUAUUUCUGUAUUUUAGAUUAUUUUGUAUGACAGAUACCUGUCGGGCCAGAUCAUGAACUAAUGCCCUAUCAUUGAAUUAUAAGUAAUAUAAAGGAGGCAGACCGUAUGGAAGCAAGGAAACAAAGCAUGCAAAAUUUCAUCAAGGAAGAAAGCACUUUAAUUUGCUGAUGCAGAGUUUUCUGUGUAUUCUCAUUCCGCAACAUGACACUGGCACUCCAAUUUUGUUUAUCUUGUUGUCAAAUAUUCUUAAGAAUUUCAAAAGAAUAAAUUCAUUGAUUCCAUGAUAGUCACAAUGUAAAAUGUAUUAUUUUUCCUUAAAUCACUGAAACCAACGUUUUAUCGCUGCUAGUGUCAACCAAAUAUGCCAAAAGAUGUUCAUUUAAUUACGAAUGAAGAAAACAUUCAUGAACCUCUUGUUCUUUCCUUCGUUUAAGGAGAUUUUUACUUACAUAAUGGGAUUUGGUAUCGCAUUAAAGUUUCAUAAAUUUUCAGUGACCCCAAAAACUUUUGUAGAGAAAGUCAUAGCGACAUAUGUGGCAUGUGAAACAAUUCUUUGUAAUCCUAAUUCUAGUUAUUUACGGACUAAAAUGAUCAUAGGGUAUAGUCUCGAAGUUUUACUUAUGUUAGGGAAAUGACACUGUCCCAUUUUAGUAAUAUUUUAUGAGAAAAUAAGGUGAGAUAUGAAAAUAAAAUUUUAAAUUUCUAACUUACCAUGUCAUAAAAAUGGUUAUAUAAGGUCAAACUAAGUGGGUUAUUUUAGGUGUCUUGUGUUAGUAAAUGUAAAGGGGAUGGAAAUCGGAAAACAUCAGAGGUAUGCGCACAUGACAGAUCCCAGGCGUUACAUGACCAUUUGUUUAAUGUCGAGAACCUUCUCCUUUACUACAGCUGUACGGAGAUCUGCUUUUAAACAACCGUCUAUUAAAAAAAGAAAGAUUACUUGUAUGUUAACAUGCAUGUCCCCAACUAAAUCAAACACUGGAUAUUUCCUUGUGAAGAUGAUGAAAUACCCAAUAAGUUGGUUUGGUUGUCUUUUUUUUUUCUUUUUCAAUAUUUUUUUAAUGUUUAUUUUUGAGAGGCACAGAGAGACAGAGCAUGGGUGGGGGGAGGGCAGAGGGAGAGGAAGACACAGAAUCCGAAGCAGGCUCCAGGCUCUGAGCUGUCAGCCCGGAGCCCGACGCGGGGCUUGAACCUGUGAACCACAAGAUCAUGACCUGAGCCGAAGUCGGUUGCCCAACUGACGGAGCCACCCAGGCACCUCUGAUUUUCUUUUCUUAAAUAGGACAAAAAAUUUACGAAAGAAAGGAUCAAAAUUGUUUGCAAAAAGGACACAUGAUCGUUAUACUGACAAAUUUAUCAAACUAUUUCCAUAAUCAUCCUAAAUUAUUAAUUCACUUUGUGUCUGGUUAAUUCGUAAGCACAUUGAGAUUGAAAAGAAAAAAGCCAGGGCUCAUAAUUGUAACUGGCAAGAGUUAACUUGGAUCUAGGACGCCUUAUUGAAAGAACUGUGGCAAAUAGGACACCACGUGGUUUUUACAUGGUUUCUUUUGACCAUGAAAUGAAUAUAUACUCAAAAUGGGGAGAACACUGUGAAAUUACUGCUCACUAGCUAUUGACCGCACAGGACAGUCAUUCUAAAGCCAGGAGCCCGCCAAAAGCAGGCUUAAGGAAGGCCGGGAGCCUGGGGAGGAAGAGCAGAGAGACACCUGCCCCUUACGGUGGGUAGCAGUACGAGCCGGUUCCUUGCAGAAUCUCUGCUGUUGAGUUAGACGCGUAUCUCAGAGCGCCCCACAUUGGGGCAGCGUGGAUGUGUCCACAGGGAGAUCAUCCGGUCUGUGGGGAGGAGGAAGUGGGCUCAGCCACCAGGACAAAAAAAAAAAGGAAGUCGUUUUAAACCCUUACAUAAGUGCAAUGUAAUCAUUUUUAAAAGCAAUGUCAGGUUUAUAAAAGCUCCGUUUUAAAUAUACAAAAGACUAUUUAAUGAAAUAUCCUUUUUGUUGUAUAAUAAAAAAUCUUCUAGCCUGUGCUUAGGUGUAUGAAGGAAACGGUGCACAAUGAGAUAUGUAUGGGUAUAUAUCUCCUUGUACAACACACACACACACACAUGUGUAUAUGUAUAUAAUAAAAUGCUACCCACAAAUUAUAUUAGAUGAAUAUAUUUCAAAUAUAUAUAUUUAAUAUACUUUAAAUUUACACUGUAAAUUGUAGCUUGAAUUAAAAUUUAUGAUAAUACAAUAUUGUGUUUAUUUUUGAUACCAUUGAUUAAAAAAGAAAAAAACAAACCUAACAGGCCUAAAUUGCUGCUUAACAUUAGUGGAGCACCUACCUAUUAGAAAAAUAUUACUCUAAUGUUCAUCAGUUACCAAAUAGUAUUUAACACUUUCCUUUACAGUGGAAUGAUUAGCCACUGUGGUUUGUUAUAACUGGAACUAUUUGAAUGAGAAAGAUUAAAAAAUGAGCAAAAUAAUCAGAUAAAUCUCUAUUUCUCAUGUAAUGUAGGUUUAGGUGCAUGAGAUUUACUCAUCAAAUCCUCAUUUGUACUAGAGCACAUUUUAAUAGCAGAAUGCUUCAUUAUGUGUUAACCCCUCCAGUGCCUUGGGAUAUGUGUGUAUGUGUGUGUGUGUGUGUGUGUGUGUAUACAUAUUAUACAUGUAUGUAUACAUAUGUAUGUGUAUGUAUGUAUAUAUGUAUACAUACAUAUAUAUGCACAUUAAAGGGUUCAUUAUACUGUACAUAGUGCAAGCUCAAAGGGAAUAUUAUAUUAUAGGUACUUAGGCCAGAGAAGGGAGUUCAAAUAUCAUUUGAAAUAUUUGCUAACUACUAUAAUAAUGUAUUUUGCCUGAUAAAGAAUAACAAUUCAUUUAAGCUGAAGUAUAUUAAAGCAGGGGCAUUUUAAUUUGUUAUACCGCAGCAAAUAUUUAUUUCAAAUAUACUUUAAGGUAGAAUGUGUAAUGUGUACCCCAACAUUUAGCAUCUAACACUAUUUUAAAGGGAGAAUAAGCAGCUAAUCAUUCUUGCCCAUUUUUCAGGCAGGUACCAGCUUAGGAUCUUAAAGUCUGUGCUCACAAAACUGUCAUUAGGCAAGAAGAAAAGUAAUUACUUGAAAAUAAAUGUCAAGUUCAUAUUAACCAUAAAAGCAGAGAAAUUUUCCUUUGGGUGCAUUGGUUUAUAGAUCGACGUUUCCCUCAUUUACAAUGACAAAGCUUAUUCAUAAACUUUGUUUACAUGGAAUGCUGGGUUUGAGAGAAGCUUGAUUUAUUAUUGUGGAAAAGUAAUAAUCCUAACAAUGAUUUAGAAUUACUGCUAGAAAUCAGCAGGUGGAGAAGCUUUAAAAGCACAAGGACGAUCUUGUGCUUAACUUUUUAAGGUAAGUGUACACGUUCUGAUAUUAAUAACAAACAUUUUGCUACUCUUAAUAGUGCUGUACUCAUGAGCUCUUAAGGAAUUGCUUUAUUCAUACCUCUAAAACUCUUGUUUAUGAUUUAUUCUUAUUCCUUAAUACUUCAAAGUCAUAAUUCACUUAUUUGCACAUUUGAAGUUGCUUUUGAAGAUAAAUAAAAUGUUAUAAAUGUUAUAUAUUUUAUACAUAUCAAAAAUGCAAUGACAAUACCAGAAAUAUGAAAUGUAAAUAUAUUUAUUUCAUUUUUAAUUGUUUCGGUGGAUGUUUGUAAAAUGUAAAUUAAUAUCUGUGACAAAUGACUUGUCACUUCGUUCUUUAAGUUCAUUAAUGUACUACUAACAAAACUGUACCUUUUCUAAUGAAGCAUACUGGAAAAUAAAAACAAAUACUUUUUACUACA